AGUCAUGAUGGAGAUGGAGUGUAUAUAUUUUCGAUUGUGCCAUUACGUACACUCAAAUUGUUGAUCAUUACACUUUAAUUCUUAAAGAAAAAUUAUUUUCAAUUAUUUCAAAUGUUAUUUUGCUGCGCUGUGCAUUUAGUUUAGUUUACCGCGAUAAUAGCUGAUAAAGCAUAAAACGUGUGAUCCCCUCCGGCUGUCCUGCGAUGGAUGAUGAACGCGAAGAAGGCGAAAUCGUGGAUUUGAAUGACGAUGAUUUUUAUGAAAAUAUUAUUUCUUCCGAUGAUGAAGUUGUUAUUGAAGAAGAUGAAGAUGAUCUUCGUAAAAGGAUCCUAGAGUUAGAGGCCAAAAAUUCAGAACUGGAAAAAAUCGCUUCGAUAUCCAAAAUUUAUGAUUAUGGUUUAGGUUGUGGGUCAAGUAAUUUCAUUGAUUUGGUUGAUGAUGAUGACGGUGGUGACGAUGAUGAGAGCUACUUUAGACAACCGUCCAAAUACGAAUACUCCAGUUAUACUUCCUCGCGAAGAAAGAGUAGCCAUAACAAACGACGGAAAGCGAACCGACAUGAGUGCAAAAAGUCCAAACGUUACAAACCGUACAAAUCGGACAGGCGUAAAAAACCAUCACAACCGAACCGGUCAAGAGUUAAUAGCGAUAGUUCGUCGGACGACGAAUUUCAAUACACAACAAACGAGCGCAACAAAUUGCAAGCUGCACUGAAACGAAACAUUUCUUCCACUAACUCGACCACACUGAAGCGAAAAUUGAUCGGUGUGUCCCAGACUGUUGAGGAUUUUAUCAAGGAGAAAGAAGAUGUCGGCGACGAAGACAUAUCAACGAGUAUGGAGAUAAUGAAAUUGCUGAACAAAAUCAAUAUCGAAGAAAUUGCACCCAAGAAGAAAGCCACCGUUCUGGAGGAGGAUACUGAGGCUGGUUUGACCGAACAAGAGUUGCGGUUAAUUGCUUUAAAGUCUGCGAUACUCAAAAAAGCCGAAGCGAGGAAAAAACGGAAGAUUAUCGAAACGCAGCCGUAUUCACCAACGGACGAUGUUGAUGUUGAGAAGGCUAUCGUCAAUUCGAAACCCAAAGAUGAAUUGGACAAUAUGGAAAUCAGUCCGCCUGUGUCGCCUACAAAUCAGGAUGGUUGCCUUCAACCGAUCGACAUGGAACUAGAAUCUGACGAUGAAAGUCAGAUACUCUUAAAUACUCAACAGGAAGUACUUCCAACGUUAGCUGCACGAACAACAGAUGUUACCGUGAAAGACGUACCACAAUCUAUAAUUUUACCUGUACCUGAUGAAAUAAGCCUAAUCAACGCCAAAGUACCUGAAGACGCCGAUCGGAUCAAAUUAUCUUUUGAUUCCGUGGAACAACGGAAACUACAGGAAGAAGACGAAGACGACGAGGAAGCAUUACGUGCGUCUCUUUUAGCCACCUUAACUGCUAAAAAGAAAACGACAUCAAACACCUCAACCAAAAAGACAUCAAUCGAAGAAAAUCCACUGCCUUCGGAGAAGACUACUAGUGACACGUCAGUAGAAACGGAACGCUUACGUAAACAAGCAAUUUCAUCGAUAGGAAAACGAAAACAUCUUUUGCCAAAUCCAUUCGCACAAAAAUUCUCGGUACAAGUUCCUAUGCCAAUGGAAAUGAGCAUGCCCAAGCCCAUGGAAAUGAGCAUGCCUCAAAUUACGUCCAACCUAAAAACGGCUCUGAAGCGAAUCUUAAGCGAAAAAGAUAAACAAAAUGUUGAAGGCGACGCAAAGGUGGACGUAUGUCGGAUUCAUCAACCCCAAAAACUUAUCUCCGAAACUGCCAAAGAAAUUCCAGCCGGUGAAAUCAAAUUUAAAACGACGCAAGCAGAGAUCAUCGAACUCAAAAAUAUUGCACAGAAACUGAACGGUGGAAUUUUUACGCUGAAAAGCAUGUCAAACGAACCUACUCCAAUCGUGAAAAAGACCUGUGAACCGAGCACUAAGGAUGGCGAUAUGCUGAACAAUGGUACCACAAGCGAACCUACUGUAAUCGUGAAAAAAACCGGUGAACCGAUUGCUAAGGCAAACGAUGCGCCGAAAAAAGUUACGUCAAGUGAACCUCCUGGAACCGCGAAAAAAUCCUUGGAACCGACCGCUAAGAUAAACGAUGUGCUGAAAAAUGUUACCAGUAACAAUGCCGCUGUGGAAACUAAAACGAAAGACUUAGCAGCUGUUCCACUGGUUAUAUCCAAUAAGAUCGAAACAACUUCGCUCGACAAAACUGAUACUGCGAUUCGAUCGCUGAAAGCUGUUGCUCAAAAGAAAGUGAUCGCUGAACCACAUUUAUCGUUAAACCAAAAAGAAAACCAACAGCUACGGAAGGUCGCUGUUGCAUCGAAGCGCGCUUCUGACGAGAAACCACCAGUUGCAAAGAAACCCAAAGUAGUAAACAAUGUGCAUAAUGUCAAAGUGAGCAGAGUGAUAACAACGCCAGUCGAGAAACCAGUUAAGAAGUUGAUCAUUCAAUUGAACAACUCUGAUACGGAUUCGGAUGAUUUCGGAUUAGGACAAGAGAAUGUGGAAACUACACUGAACUGUAAAUCGUAUUCUGGUGUUGCCAGCCCGGCCAGUUACACUUAUUCACCUGCAUCGCCUGCCAACUUAGCUGACAACAAGUCGUCCGAUACCGUUCCACCAAAGGAUGACCACUUUCAACGAAAAUUGGACGAAUAUUUGAAGAGUGCUCGAACAAGGGUUGAACAAACUAAGCAGGAAACGAAACCCAUAAAAAAGUCUCCGUCGUUGGUCAGCCAUUUACCGCCUUCCUCUCAGCUAGAAUAUCGUAAACUAAUCAGCCGUAUGGCUCUGCUCGAAAAGCAGAAACAGCUGAAACUUACAAAGUCGAAAAUUGCUGCUUCGAAGCCGAAACCAAGCAGCAACAUCUCCAUCACAAUUGCGAACGACUUGUUCAACCAUAAACCAAAGUCAGUAGUACCGAUUGAGCCGAUUGCACCAUUAAACGGCAAUGACAUUAGCUCACUGAAGGACAAGCAAAGGGAAGAUGUGGUCUCACUUCGAAGUGUUGAUCCACCCAUUCCUGUAGAAAGCAGCAAUGUGACUCGCACGCCUACCACAACUGUUGUUAGCGGGACUAAAUGCAACAACUCAAAUGUACCAGUAAUGGAUGUUGAGCAACCAAAAUCGGUUCCAACUGAAGCCAAGGAGACAGACAAGUCGCUGUUGAUGCAGAAUUUCUCAGCAUUAUCCGCGCACGAUAAACAGGAAAUAUUGCAGAAAUCCGAAGCGGAAUACAUGAGUUACAGUGACUUAUAUCUCGUCGAUCUAAAUAAUAUGUCGCAGUUGGUGAAUCAGGCACGUCAAGAGAAAGAGAAACAGUUCCAGAUCGAGUCCGAAAUAGAAGAACUGGAAGCCCGAGUUCACGAACUGAAAAAUCAGCUGGUCAAACAGAAGGUGUCCGUAUCGAAGCUUUAUCCGGUCAUAUCAUCGUCGCACAAGAAUAUUAUGAAAAAGCGAAGCCAAUCGAUGCAGUUGCACAAAAAGUGUUGCUACGUUGGCAAUAAAAUUGUCGGAGCUGAUUACAAGACGCAAUUUUGUGUAAGGAUUCCCGGCGACCCGAAGGCAGACAUUGCGCAGAAAGUAAGAUCGUUAUCGUCGGAAACCAAACUGCUGCGGAACAUGAGGAAACCGGUCGUCAAUGGAUUGAAAGCACCCAUCAGCACCGACGGAAAAUUCUUGGAAACGGAACUUGUGUGCGAAGACACCCCUGUCACGACUGCCGCUUCUACGAUACCAUCCAAAAGACCAGACGACGUUCCACCAUCAAUUAACGGUACAUGCGACAACAUUCCAGCGCCCAACUCCAUGGCGAAUUACAAGUCACCCCUUGAUCAUAUGGGAAAUAUCGGUAUCACUAAUCCUGAUUCAAUUGUUUGUCCAUUUCAACUGUUGGGACAGUGCGAAGAUAAAGAAUGCACUUAUCAACAUUUAUCAUGAUAAAUCGCGAAUUACAUAAAAUAUCGAUAUCAUCAUCCCCAUCCCCCAUUUAAUCCUCCGUUUUCACAUGUGAAAUUGCGCGCCCAAUUCUGUGAGGGUAAGUGAAAAUUUAACGAAAUUAUUUACACAUUAGAUCCUAGGUGGCAACAAAAAAAGCCCGUCUCUAAAAAGAAUUUAAGUGAAAAUGACAAAUAAGUUUGUGAACAGUGAAGAAGAAGAAAAUAAACUUCAUCGAUGCAGUGAAAAUGUCUCGAGUGUAAUUUUUAAAGAUACGGAUGGCGAAACAUCCAAAAAAAAAAAUCAAAUAAAAAAUAAUGAACAGCUCCCGUGGUAUUUUUAUAUUCGAUUGUUUCAAAACGUUUUUGUACAUAAUAAACGAUUCGGUUACGCAUACAAUUGCAA